AUGGUAGAUAACUGUGGUUCACUAUUCCUAGACUGGUAUAUACUUCUGGGGGCGUAUAAUAGGUGUUCGGAUAGAUCGCUCGUACUCUUGAUGUCGCUGGCGUCGCGUAACAUGGGCUAAGGACGAACGAUUAUUUUGGUAAACGCGAUUUUUUUCUCAAUUUGUUGAACUGGUUCAGUGACCGCCUGUAUCGUAUAUCCGAAAUAACGGUGAAGUACACAUUAUGUACGUGUGCGUAUGCUAGCGAAUAAUCCAAAAUUCAAUCUCGUGCAACAUGCUGUCCAGAAAAAAAGAACCGAAGGCCAAUAUCACCGAGGGUAUGGCAGGACGAUACACUAAAAAAGAAACUUCACCGUGGUUGAAAGAUUACAUGUCACCAGUGAUUCGUCAUGGUCGAACAUUCCAGCGUCGAUCUUGUUCUAGUUCAAACGAUUCAUCAACUCCAGGAACACCAGCUUUUUCAAGAACACCAGCUUUUUCAAGUAGAGCAAAUUCAGAUAUGUCAAUGCCAGAUAUUUUGACAUCAUCACAGUCUUCAGUUAACCGAGGCGCUAUGUCCGAGUGUGGAUACUCCAAGGGAGCAGACAGCAGAAGUGUCAGUACAUACAGUCUUUUUCCACAAAAUCCUGUUUCAGAUGCAUCCAGUAGUCAUUAUGAUGAUAAAUACUUACAACAACAACAACAGCCACCAUCACAGUAUGAGUCAGGACUAGACCUUACUGCUGCUACCUCAGUAGAAUCAUUAGGCAAUGUAUCACAGCCAGAAGAUCUACCGUUACCACCAGGAUGGACAGCAGCUAGAACAUUGAAUAGAAAGUUUUACAUAGAUCACAAUACUAAGACUACCCACUGGAAUCAUCCAUUGGAAAGGGAAGGUCUGCCACCAGGCUGGGAAAAAGUGGAAUCUCCUGAACAUGGUGUAUAUUAUGUCAAUCAUAUAGCUAAAAAAGCACAGUACAGACAUCCCAAUGCACCAUCAGUGGCAAGAUAUAAUCCUACAUUAAACAUAAACCUACCACUGCCAUUACCGCCACCACCAUUACCAAUGUAUCAGCAACCUUCGAACAGUGGGGAACAUCAUCAAAGAUCAGAAGUAAUGGUGCCACCCAAUCCACAUCUAUAUACCGAAAUCCCACACUGGUUGAAGGUAUAUGCUAAAGCUCCCUUUGAACAUGACCAUAAACUGAAGUGGGAAUUGUUCAAACUGCCCGAGUUGGAUUUCUUUCAAAGUAUGCUAACAAGACUUUACAAAGAGGAAGCGGAAUCAGUUGUUAAUGACUAUGAAAAUUACAGACUUGCUUUAAUUAAUGAGAAUAGACUGAGACAAAAACAACUGCAGGAAAAAGCUCUUGAUGCGGAAGACAACAUAGAAAUCAAGGUUUAA